UCUCAGUCAUUUCUCUCCAGCCUCUGAUUCACUGGCAAUACAUAUUCUACACGGAUUUAGCUCCACAAAAAACGCGUCCCCUGCAACCACAACCUAGAAAUCAGAUAGCUGUCUGUGUUGUUUAUAAGAAAAGAACGAGAUAAAUUAAAAGCGAAGCCGUCAGAGGGAAAAAAAUAGGCAUCUGCGCACAUCGACAGCCGUUAGCAGGCUGAGCUAGCCGCAUCGCGCGACGCAUUUCGCCCGCGAGACCUCGGGCUUAAUAAUUGUUUGCAUGAGAACCGUCAUCCACAUCAAUUAAACUGAGACUGUCCAGCAGAAUCGCAGCGGGGUUCGGCGGAGCUGUCCGGCUCUUGCUCGCACUGCAGGCCUGGUUGUGGGUGCGGAGAAUGCUAAAGGAUGAGUCAGAGGGACACACUGGUUCAUCUAUUUGCUGGAGGCUGUGGUGGCACUGUAGGUGCAAUAUUGACAUGUCCCUUGGAGGUGGUGAAGACGAGGCUGCAAUCUUCUUCGGUGACUCUUUACAUUUCUGAGGUUCAGCUCAGCACUGUGAAUGGGGCCAGUGUUGCCCGUGUGGCCCCGCCUGGGCCUCUGCACUGUCUCAAGUUAAUACUGGAGAAAGAAGGUCCUCGCUCACUCUUUAGGGGCCUGGGGCCGAACUUGGUGGGAGUGGCUCCAUCCAGGGCAAUAUAUUUUGCUGCCUACUCCACAGCCAAAGAGAAGCUGAACAAUGUGUUUGAUCCUGACUCCACACAGGUGCACAUGCUGUCCGCUGGUUUAGCAGGGUUCACUGCCAUCACAGUAACCAACCCGAUCUGGCUUAUAAAGACUCGAUUGCAGCUUGAUGCCAGGAACCGUGGAGAACAGCGCAUGAGUGCAUUUGAGUGCGUCCGGCGUGUCUAUCGGUCAGAUGGGUUACGGGGAUUCUACAGGGGCAUGUCCGCUUCUUAUGCUGGCAUAUCAGAGACUGUCAUUCACUUUGUCAUCUAUGAAAGCAUUAAACGCAAACUAAUUGAGUCCAAGGCCAACUCUAACAUGGAUGAUGAAGAUGAAUCUGUAAAAGACGCUUCAGACUUUGUUGGAAUGAUGCUGGCUGCUGCCACAUCCAAGACUUGUGCCACUUCAAUUGCAUAUCCUCAUGAGGUUAUUCGUACCAGACUACGGGAGGAGGGCAGCAAGUAUCGUUCGUUCUUCCAAACUCUAAAUAUGGUGGUCCGGGAGGAGGGUUACAGAGCGCUGUACCGAGGCCUCACCACUCAUCUGGUCCGACAGAUCCCUAACACUGCUAUUAUGAUGUGCACCUAUGAGCUGGUGGUCUACCUGCUCAAUGGUUAACGGAUGGAGAGAGACCAGGAAAGAGAGGGAGAGAGAGAGAGAAAGGGUGAGAAAGCGAAAGCUAGAUGGAGACCAAGAGAGUGAUUGUCCCUGGCUUUUACACCAAAGGAAGCAGAACAAAUCCUAGAAACGCAUUGUUAACCCAGACCCCCAAAGGGGGCUGUAGGAAGGUUUUGAGCCUGUCAGACUGGAGAGCGUUUCAAAAAAGAAAGACCGAUGGUGAACAGACACGCUAAAGCAGUCUGUCCAUUUGAAAUGUUUUAAGAGAGGUCCUUUUUGAAAGGACAAUCAGGGAGGGGAAUGCUUGAAGAAAAUGCAAAAGCCUGAAUUGGCAGAAUUCCUUCACAUUCAAGAAAAGAAAAAUCAUCCUUUCACAGCCAUUUCAUUAAAAAAGCCUUUUAUCUGAGCCAUUGCUUUAUAUAUAUAUAUAUAUAUAUAUAUAUAUAUAAAAAAGAAAAACAAGCCCGUCAAGAUCUGAAGUGACUGAAGGUCUUUUGAAGGAAAGUUAAAAAAAAAGCACAAGAAAGAGUUUUCAGAUGUGGCACAAUAGCACUACUGUAAAGAAUCCAUUUCGUAAAGAUGAUGCUUUGCCUUUCAAGCAUUCUCCUCUUGAUGUCACCUUCCACUCUUUCCAAACUUGCCAGGCAGAUGGUUGUCCACGCACAAGAGUCCAUUUGCUGUUGUUAAAUUGACGGUCACGUGAUGCGUGGCCCCUCAUGUGCUUCAAACUGAAGUGUUUCUUCGUUAGAUUCGUUAUGUUAAGUUUAACCAUACUUACUUUGUGUGUGUUUUCAAUGAUCAUACCCUUGUCCCAAUAUCAGUAUAGUAUAUACUCGGGGUGGUAUUUUUGAAUUGGGAGAUGUUGUCCUGCUUGCAUCACUGGGCCUUUUUUUAAUUGACAUUCUCGAAUUUUUCACCUCGGUUCACUGCUGCAAAGCCUCUACUUGAAUCCCAGGUGCCGGCGAGAGCCAGAAACAAAUUUGGCGAAGGCUAAAUGGUAGUGGCUAAUGCUAACCCUGAGCAUGUUGCCUACAAACAACAUGCCAUGUCGUGACAACAUUAUUCGUUGUAUGGCAAUAGUCAUUUUUCCACUUCUGAGUGGGUAUACGAGCUGCAGAAUUGUGUCCCACCCUCUGGAUUCCUCUAACAGUGGCUUCUAACUGAGCGUAUAAUAUAUGCACUUUGUGGCCUGUCUGGGCUUGCGCAAACAUUUUUUUUUUUUUUUUUUCUCUGUUUGGGACAAUUUUAAUCUUGUAUUGUAAAACAUAGUAUUACUAUGUAAGCAAGACAGUGUUUUGCUGAACAAUUCCCUUUGGAAGUUAUUGUACAGUUCAGUGUACUAAACUUUAGUGAAGGAUAUUCUUGUAUGUGUAUAUACUGUAUGUAUGCAUAUCAAAUAUCCAGUGUUCAUAACUUAAGUCCUCUGAUUAUGCAGUAGUAUUAUUUGAAUGACUGCAUUUGUUUGAUAGAUCUAUCACAACAGGAUAUUGUGAAACUCGUCUUGUUGAAUGUUAUUAUUGUUGGGUUUUUUUUGUUUGUUUUUUACAUUUUAUAUAUGCAUUUUUUUUUUUUUUAUCACUCCUCAUUCUGGCCCUGGACUUGUUGCUUGAAAUGGAGUCACACUUUUUUUUUUUUUUCCUAGUGUUUUCAUCUCGCUCAUUUGUUUACAUUACUGUUGUAUGUACUUCCACACCCUCAUGAUGAAGGAACUUAAACUCUCCAUGUUAGUGAUUUAGACAGUAUCCACAUAAUUUCAAGACCGUUAUUUACCAGUUUGGGCUUAAAAUUAUAAUUUAAGGUAAUUAUAUUAAGCCUCAUGUUGGUAGAUCCCUUAAAGAGCCUCUAGGGUUUCUGUAAGUAUCUUAAUAGCAGUAGCAUCUUAGUAACAGUAUUUGUUUUUCUAACAACAAAAACAUGGUUUUGGUUCCAUCAUUCAUAAUCAGAAGUAAAGUGUGUUUUCACAUUCAUUCAGUGUCUUUUCUGUCCAGUUCAAGUCCAUUUUCAAGUCAAAUUUGUGUAAAUGCUGCUGAUGAAGCUCUGGAGUUCUGUAAUGAUCAUCACCACACAUUUAUUAUACACACACAUAACAUCAUCCAAUAUUAUGCCGUUAGCACUGGACUCUCGUCACAGCUAAUAAUCCCGCCGAUAAUCUCAGCGUUUGCGCUAUUUGGUUAACAAAAAGCAUUUGUUUUUGAAAAACAAAAGUUUUUUCAGGCGUGAUGUUUAGUGUAAUUAGAAUAGUUAGACUAUCGUUGAUGGAUUAGUAAAAUUGUUGUUGUUUCUGAAGAUGUAUUGCCCUUGUGUUAGAAAGUGAUCAAACAUCCAUGUAUGAUGCUUUAAGUUUGCAUUCAACAAAUGCUCUUGUAACUUCACAGUCUCAUAGAGACUUUAAUGGCAUUACAAAGAGAUUCAAACUGGCAUUUUUAAAAAGUGAUGUCGGAAUAUUCAGUUGUCAGUUUUGGACUGAAUGGACAGAUGUGAACAUACACCAUCUGAGCCUAACCGAUUGACAGAAAUAUUGAACAUGACACUCUUGAUUAAUCAUUACAAUCUCCAUUUCACAUUUAAUGGCAUAUUCGGCAAUUUUGUGUAUGGUGUCUGUAUUGCGCAGUCUGACAUUACCAACACUAACAAAUUUUGUCAAUGCUUGUUUCAUUUCAUUUCAGUUUUUUUUUUGUUUGUUUGUUUUUUUUAAGUCUAGUUUUCAUGGUAAAGGUGGCCUAUUUUUUGCUGGUUAUGUGAUUUAUCAUACCUCUUUUUUGUGCAAACAGUCAAUAAAAACAAUGCAAAACCCA